GAGGGGUGGGCUCCGCCGCCGCCGCAGCUGUUUCCGAGCGGAAGGGCGACGCGGGGUUGCUGGGAAGCGGCGGCUUCGCCUCGCGGCGUUUCUUUUCUCUCCCCCCACUCCUCACUCGGCGCCGCCGCCUGUUUUUUUCCGAAGGCGGGUCGCCCCUGCUCACCCCGAAGCGACACAAAGCCCCCCCUGCGAGGGGGGCGAGGAACGGCCUGCAGGCCGAGGGAAGGGCCAUACCUCAUAUGGACACAGAGCAGAGGCCCAAAAGCAUCCAGACAGGUUUAAGAAGGUGGAAGUGGGCCAUUCAGACAGUUCUGUGGGCUAUACAGUUGGGCCCAUUCCUCCUUCAAUAGACAAGGUUGGAGAGCACUUCAGGCAUACAAGUCGAGAAUCCUUACACACACAAAGAGAGAAACACCCCCUCCUUCCCCAUUCACCAGUGUAAAGUGAGCGAAAUCUGCAGGCUCCUGUGCAGACAGUGCCUUCACUCAACAUAAACAGCAUGUGAGCUGGGGGUAGAUAAGCAACAACUCCACUUAACGCCUCUGGCUGAGUGACUUGCCAAAGAGCCCAUCGCUGUCAUGCAUGGUUAUCCUUGGUUGGCUGAGUUGUGAUAUCAUUAGCCGUGUGUCUGUUGACCUUGUCUCAGAGCAGAGGAGGCUGCUGAAGGCUCAGCUUUCUAUCACUUUUAUCAGACCUGUUGCUGCUGAGGAAGAAAUUUUGGUGGCUUUUUUCUUCUGAAGAAUGUAACAAACAUAAGAGGAAACUAGAAAGUCAUUGGUUAGCACACUGGGAGAUCUUAUUGAUGCAGGGUGGAAUACUAUGAAGCUAGUGCACAAUCUGGAGCUGCAGUUUUGACCUUUGACUUACUUGUUCCUGUUUGGUCAGAGAUGGAAGCAGAUUCAACUGUCCCAAUUUGGCAGAACAAACCUUAUGGCUCGGCACGCAGCUUUGUGAGAAAGAUUGGGACAAACCUUCCUUUGAAGCCGUGUCCUAGAGCAUGCUUCCAGGAAUUACCUAAUGUAUCAGAUCUUUAUUUAAAUGACACGCCCCCUGUCCCCACUCUGGCAGACGUAGCAUGGAUAGCUUCAGAUGACGAAGAAACAUAUGCUAGAGUCAGGACAGACACUCGUCCACUAAAGCACAAAUGGAAGCCCACGCCACUUUUUGUUAUUCAGCGGAAUGCCUCUGUCCCAAAUUUGAGAAAGCAAGAAGAAAAGCUGCUGGCUUUGAAGAAACCAGGUUUACCCGCUUUGAGUCGGACAACAGAACUCCAAGAUGAACUGAGCCACCUGCGUAGUCAGAUUGCUAAGAUUGUAUCAGCAGAGUCAGCUUCCACUUCAUUAACACCUGAUUUAUUAUCACCAGGAAGUUCAAAUGUCUCUUCUCCCUUACCUUGUUUUGGAUCCUCAUUCCAGUCUACAACUUCCUUUGUCAUUAGUGACAUUACAGAGGAGGAGGCAGAAUUAGAAAGCCCAGAGCUUCCAUCUGUUUCCAUGCUUUGUUCUGCAACCUCUGAAUGUUGUAAAGCAGACCCAAAGGAUUCCGACGACGAAGAUUCGGUGUCCCUGUCCAAGGCCAGCAGUUUUGCCGAUAUGAUGGGCAUUCUUAAAGACAUUCAUAGGAUGAAACAGAACAAAGACUUGAACAGAACUUUACUGAAAGAGGAGGAUCCUGCAGUUCUUAUAGCAGAGGUUUUAAGAAGAAAGUUUGCCUUGAAGGAUGAAGAUGUAAACAUGAAGAAGAACUAAAAUUAUGCUCACUGGUUACCUUGUAAAGUAAAUUAUCGUUCUCCUAAGAUCUUUCUCCACAGUGGCUGCCUUCCUUGAACAUCAAAAGUCCUUUAGGGAUUAGGUUUCUACUCUGUAUGUGCGUGUGUUGGAGGGAGGAAUAAUUCCUACCCAAGCAGAACUGUGAAUUUGCUGUUUUCCACACAGCCAAGAGAGACUUAAAAAAGGUAAAUGGUUUUCCACAUUUUGAACUGAAGCAUUGUUAGCAAAGUAGCGAGAUGAAUUAAAAAGGAUCUAUUCAUAA